CGUGCAUGUUCCCAUCACAUGAUCCUGACGAGACACAUUUCACAAUGCUGUAUAUAUAUAUAACGAUAUCUGUGUAUACCGGGGGUACAGAUAGUGUGUAAUUCCUUAGGCUGGCGCAGCCAUGAUCGGGACGCUGACAAUUCUCCUGUUGCUUCUUGGGACGUGCGGUGUGUCAGGGUAUGGCGAAUACCGGAAGCGCCUUCCAAAUGGAGAGCGGGUUCCACAUCCUUGCAGAGCCAACUUGUACUGGCAUGGUCUGGGCCACAUCAACACUCUUGGAGGUGGAAGCCGAAACGACUUUGGCAAAGACUUCGCUGCCCAUGGACAUACGUGGACACAAGCCUUGUGCCGUUUAGACUCUGAUGGCGAUGGAAUGACCAACGGUCAAGAGUUGGGUGACCCAGACUGUGAGUGGAUUGCAGGCAGUGGCAAUGUCCCUUCCAGGACGACUCAGAUAACACACCCAGGUGUGUGUGACCCCUUUAGCUCCGCCGCGUGCGCAACUAAGAAUGCGUGGGUGUCGUGCAAAGGGACAGAACUGGAAUGUGAUGCAAUCAACUCGCCAGAUGUGCUGAACUUCACGAUUCGCUUCCCUGAGACGGAAGUCCCGGCAGUGGAGACCACCUAUAUCUGCAUGAUAUUCGACGUCCCAUCUGACCGCGACUACCACUACAUUGCAAGCAAGCCUCUCAUCAACAACGACAACAUCAUGCAUCACGUCGUAGUCUAUGGUUGCUCAGACACUACAGAGGCACUUCCAAACGCACCAUACAAAUGCGGCAUGAAUGCAGGGAGAGGAUGCACGGAUGCAUUGGGAGCAUGGACAGUUGGGUCUCCUGGAGAAUGUCUCAACGACAAGUUUGGGCUAUCAUUUGGAAAAUCAAAAUUCACCCGGUUUGCCCUGGAGUUUCACUGGAACAACCCGAACGAGGUGAGUGGGUGGAAGGAUAGUUCAGGAAUGACCUUCUUUUACACUCCCAAACUGAGACCGAAUAAUGGCUCUAUCAUGUCGCUCGGACAGUGGCAUCUAGCAAUACCCCCUGGACGACCGGAGCUCACUUUCAGAGGGGAAUGCACUUCUGACUGCACCCAAAGGUUGAUGACAGAGCCCAUCUAUGUCCCAACAGCCUUGAACCAUAUGCAUUAUUUGGGCAAAGCAGGAUUCGUAGAGCAUAUCCGAAAUGGACAAAGGCUCCGCUAUCUGACCAAUGAACCAGAGUACAGCUAUGACAACCCUCUCUACUUUCAAUAUGACGAACCUGUUCAAAUUCUUCCUGGAGAUAGCUUAGUGACCACCUGCACAUUCCAGUCGACAUAUAAGAAGAAAUGGGUAUUCCAUGGCGAUGCAACAUCUGAUGAAAUGUGCUAUGGGUUCCUGUGGUAUUAUCCCGAGCACGCUCUGAAGAAGAGCAAUUGCGUGUCGUGGAAAAGCAUCAACAUGUGUGGGAGUGAGAGCAUCACCGUGGGGAAUUGCAACGUCUGGGGAUUUCUAUUUCAAGCCGAUGCUCAGUCUAAGGCACUCUAUAAAGGAGUCGACACCAACUGCAAACUCGCUUCCAACAUGUGCACACCUGAAUGCAAGAUGGCGGUCAUGGACUACAUGCAACAUCCAUGCAUGCGUGGAGGAGAUGUCACAGGCUUUGUCAGACGUCUCACGAUUAGAUCUAAACCCGGACUGGAGUUCCUCGGCAAGCUGAGAAUGUGCGAUGUGAACAAGAAUGACUUUGGCUUUCCCACUUCCGGUGCCGCAGGAACCAGUAUGGUUUCCUUGCUGUUGAUCAUGUUGGCAAUGCUCAUGGCAUAGAUUCAAAACACGUGCUGUCGUAUUAAUCCUACAAAAGCUUUUGUUUUAAAUAUGUUUUCUCAAAUAGUUAGCAUGUAUUUAAUAGCAUAUACUUAUGAAAUUAUCUAUCACUGACUCAUUUCUCCAGUAGUCCUACAUUUCGGACAAUUACAGUUAUGGAACGUCCAUGUCGGACGGACCAUUAGAGAUUAUGGGGUGGGCUUGGUAUUAUGGGGUACUUCAAAGAAUUGAGACACUGUCCGAAUUAAUUGGUUAUUAAUUUGUGUGAAUAGAGAUACACAUUGUUGAGAUUAUAAACUAAUUCUUUUAUGCACUGGAAAUAAAGAAUUUUAGCUCACAUGA